ACUCCCGCCUCUCGAGGGGCAGCAGAGUGGAGAGCUGGUAUUCCCAGCCUCUCGAGGGGCAGCAGAGUGGAGAGCUGGUAUUCCCAGCCUCUCGAGGGGCAGCAGAGUGGAGAGCUGGUAUUCCCAGCCUCUCGAGGGGCAGCAGAGUGGAGAGCUGGUAUUCCCAGCCUCUCGAGGGGCAGCAGAGUGGAGAGCUGGUAUUCCCAGCCUCUCGAGGGGCAGCAGAGUGGAGAGCUGGUAUUCCCAGCCUCUCGAGGGGCAGCAGAGUGGAGAGCUGGUAUUCCCAGCCUCUCGAGGGGCAGCAGAGUGGAGAGCUGGUAUUCCCAGCCUCUCCAGCAUAUAAAUGAAGCAGCAGCUCUCCAGGGUGAAGCUACCAGCUCUGUGGAGCUCCACUACAUCUGACGAUCCGGCACUCCACAAGGUCACAACCGCUCUCCUCAGCUCUGACCGGAGGCCCAGGCACAGCCCCUCUUACCUGCCAACUACCAUCUGUUCAAGAUGGCGACCCGGUGGGGACUCUGCGGUGCAGGGAAGAUCAGCCAUGACUUUAGUGUGGCCAUGAAAACCCUUCCUCCUGGAGACCACCAGAUAGUGGCGGUGGCUGCGAGGAGUCUGGAACGUGCCCGGGAGUUUGCCAAGAAGCACAGCAUCCCCAAGGCCUAUGGGAGCUAUGAAGAGCUGGCCAGCGACCCAGAGAUUGACAUGGUGUACCUGGGCGUGCUGCAUACGGAGCACUGGCGCCUGGGCCUGCUGGUACUCCACGCAGGGAAGAACAUGCUGUGUGAGAAGCCCUUCGCCAUGAACUCCAGGGAGGUGGGGGACCUCAUUGCUGCCUCCAAGAAGUCCAACGUCUUUCUCAUGGAGGCCAUCUGGUCCCGUUGUUUCCCACUGCACAGGGAGGUUCGCAGGCUGCUGGCUGAGGAUGCCAUCGGCGACGUAAAGCUGGUGAAGGCCUCUUUUGGCUCCCCUCAGCUUCACAUCCCCCGCUCGGUGGAGAAGGAGCUCGGAGGAGGCGCUCUGCUGGACAUUGGGGUCUACACCUUGCAGUUUGUGUUGAUGGUGUUCAACGGGGAGAGGCCAGAGUCCAUCCAUGCCACUGGAGUUCUUCUCAACUCAGGAGUGGAUGAGUCCAUGGUGGUGGUGAUGAAGUUUCCCAGGAACAGGCUGGCUUUCUGUUUCUUCUCCAUCACUGUUUCACUGCCUAACGACGCCACCAUCAGCGGAACAAAGGGCACCAUCAGGGUUCUAGGUCCCAUGCAUUGUCCCACCACACUGGAGGUGAAUGGGAAGGCGACACAGUACCCCCUGCCUGAGCCCUCUUUACCUCUGAACUUCACUAACAGCACUGGGCUGCGCUACGAGGCUGAGGAAGUCAGGCAGUGCCUGCUCAAAGGACUGAAGGAGAGCCCCAGAAUGCCCCUGUCUGAGUCGGCCCUGCUCACUGAGGUUAUGGAUGAGUGCAGGAAACAAGUCGGAGUGGUCUUCAACCAGGACCUCCAAUAACCACCCCUCACUCGCCACUCGACCAUGGUCCAUCUGACCUGGGCCACAGGACCUGGACAUGGACAGAGCUGUUUGAGGCAGGAGAGAGGGAUCAAGCCCUGAGUGUAUAUGAUCCCCUCACGACUUAGCCCUAUACAGCUUGCACCUGAUGUGAGACAAAUUUGAACACGAUGACGAUAAAGACAAGGAAGCCUGAGUUGAUUAGUAGGCUACUGUGAGCUGCUAAGACUGACAGGUUAAAUUAAGAGUACCAAAAUCUGUCACAGUGAAGUGUAUGAUUGAUGGGUUCAAUAAAGGACACUGAUUGUCA